AUGGACACAGACAAACCUCAGCAACAGUUCUCUGAAAAUUACUCUGAGGUCACGGUUAGCUCAAGCGCAGUGACAAAGAAGUCUACUCAUAAUGAAUUCACCUCCUUGAAUUUCACCUUAUUGGAUGCAGAUGUUCAAAAUCACACAAGAAAAGAUUCUGGGACAUCUGAGAGCACCAGGGGUGGCGGAGGACGAGCGAGGCCGUACCCUUCACCGUCCCGCAGGAGACACCGAACUACGUUCAGCAGUGAGCAGCUGGAACAGCUGGAGUUAGCUUUCAGACAGAACCACUAUCCUGAUAUCUACUUUAGAGAGGAGCUCGCGAGAGCUACCAAACUCAACGAGGCUCGAAUACAGGUAUGGUUCCAGAACCGUCGUGCCAAGCAGCGGAAGCAGGAUCGUAUCACCCAGAAAGUGCUGCCGGUGGGCAUAAUGCCAGGGCGAGGUUCUCUCUUUAGCAGUAUGUGUGUGUCUUCCUCUACCAUGGGGCGGCAGUACCAGUGCCCCCAUUCCCUGCCACACAUCCCCCGAUUCCCUUCAGUGCUGCCCCCUGGAGGCUUCCCACCCCAUCAGUCCUCCAGCAGUCAUUUCUCCUGCCCCUCCGGCCCUGCUCCAUCACAAGCCAGCAGACAGUCAGACGACUGGUACAGUCAGCUGCGCAACAUCGGACCAUCCGCUAAUUCAGUGCUCUCACUGGCCUCUGUGUCGGCGCUGGAAACCACUAGUCACUGGAACUAGAGGAAGUGCUGCUGGGUUAUUCAGUAGCAAAACUCUUUUGGUUUCACUUAUUUUGACGGUCCCUUCAACACAUUCUGUUGAUUAUAAGUAACACAGCACCUACAUGAUUACUAUCUCUCAAUAGAGUGUUAGUAGAGGAGUUGUUUGGUAGGGUUUGGGUUAGAAUAAGUUGAUGUACUUGCAAAGUUACUUACAGUAUAGUCAUCACAAUAAAGAGUUUGCAUAUAUAAAGCUAACUAAUAUACUAAUGAGAGUUAGCCGACAUGUAGUUGCAAAGUUACUUAUAGUCAACAGGAUGUUCAAAAGGGACUAUCAAAAUAAAGUGUUACCAUUCUUUUAUCUUUCCUUUUGUAUAAGAAGCUACAGAACAAAUAAAGUUGUUUGUUUUUUCAAUGACAAAGCAAGAUCGACAUUUUCUGUCUUUAUUAUUUGCAGUCACACGUAACAUAUUUUCUCUCAAUUAUUGCUAUAUCUCUCUAGACAAAAUAACUACAUUUAUAUUGAUUUUCUUUAUCAAUACUAAACUGUGACAAUUAAACUAGGUUCUGUUUACACUGUAGACUUUAAAUAAGGAUCAUUAUGAACAUGUCAUUCUCAUCUCAUAAGAAAUGUACAAUAGACUCUAUGAGCUUUUAAAUGACAUUUCUAUUCAGUCAAUAACGAUUUACAGAUUUGGUAGAAAUAAAUUACACAUGGUUUGUCAAAUGCUGUUCUUCUUGCCAUUUUAUGUAUAGUAUGUAAAAUAAACAGACAUGGGUCAAUGGCAAUCUUUGAAAUACUUUGUUGAAAACAUCCGUGCCAAGGUCUUAGAAAUGUGCUUUUUGCUGGUUACAAACUUUUAUCCCACUGCAUUAUCAAGGAAGCUUUUUUCUGCAUUUUGCUUGAACCAAACAACUGAUUUGGCACACAACAAAUAAUAAUAAACAGUUUUGUAAGAAACGUGUUUUUCUAGGGACUAACAAUAUUAUACCAAACUAUUUUCAGUUUUCAAUAAUUUCUAAUAUUGAGGCAUUCUUCUUCAUUAUCAUAUUGGUAAUAGCAUCACCCCGGCUUUUUUUAAU